CGGGCUCCUUAGAGUGGUGAACAGCGUUGGGCCCAAGGACCAUGAAAGGGCCGGAGCCGGGUCCCGAACCUACGAUGGAGGGGGACGUGCUGGAUACACUGGAGGCGCUGGGGUAUAAGGGACCACUGUUAGAAGAGCAAGCCCUUACCAAGGCAGCUGAGGGUGGACUGUCUUCACCUGAGUUUUCAGAGCUCUGUGUUUGGUUAGGCUCUCAAAUAAAAUCACUGUGCAACUUGGAAGAAAGUAUCACUUCAGCUGGGAGAGAUGAUCUAGAAAGCUUCCAGCUUGAGAUAAGUGGUUUUUUAAAAGAAAUGGCAUGUCCAUAUUCUGUACUCAUAUCAGGAGAUGUUAAAGACCGUUUAAAAAAGAAGGAUGACUGCUUGAAACUUCUUUUAUUUUUAAGUACAGAGCUUCAAGCUUUACAGAUAUUACAGAACAAGAAAUGUAAAACUUCUCAAUUAGAUAAAAAUAGUGAAAUUUAUCAGGAAGUUCAAGCUAUCUGUGAUACCCUUGGCGUUCCCAAGUCAACAACUUCUGACAUUCCACUUCUGUUAAACCAAGUGGAGUCAAAGGUGAAAGCUGUUCUCUCAAAAGUCCAGAAAAAUCAUGUGGGAAAACCACUGCUAAAAAUCGAUUUAAAUCGGGAACAGGCGGAACAACUGGAAAGAAUCAAUGAUGCUCUUUCCUGUGAAUAUGAGUGCCGCCGGCGGAUGCUGAUGAAACGACUGGAUGUAACAGUGCAGUCUUUUGGAUGGUCUGAUAGAGCAAAGGUGAAAACAGAUGACAUAGCAAGAAUUUAUCAGCCUAAGCGUUAUGCUUUGUCACCCAAGACAACGAUUACUUUGGCACAUUUACUCGCUGCUCGUGAAGAUCUAUCCAAGAUCAUUAGGACAAGUAGUGGUUCCAGCCGGGAGAAGACAGCAUGUGCCAUUAAUAAGGUGCUGAUGGGAAGGGUGCCUGACAGGGGAGGACGGCCGAAUGAAAUCGAACCACCACCUCCUGAAAUGCCCCCUUGGCAAAAGAGACAAGAAGGCGGCGGCAGGGGUGGUUGGGGUGGUGGAGGUGGUGGUAGAGGAGGUGGCGGGGGUGGAAGAGGGGGCGGAGGGUGGGGAGGGGGUGGGGGAGGGGGUGGAGGGUGGGGAGGGGGUGGGGGAGGGGGCGGCAGAGGAGGAGGUUUCCAAGGCAGGGGAGAUUAUGGUGGAAGAGGGGGCUACGGUGGGAGAGGGGGCUACGGCGGGAGAGGUUAUGGAGAUCCGUAUGGAGGAGGUGGUGGUGGAUAUAGAAGAUAUUAAUAACUACAAAAAUAGAUAGCAGUGCUUACUUGUUGAUAGAUACAUUAGGUAUAGUGUUUUAAAUAACAUACUUGAAUGUCACCUUUGAAGUAAACACCAUGUUAAAUUCCUCGAUAACAUUCUCGAAUUGGGUUAUUAUGUAAGAGUAUUGUUUUAUACUACCAUUUCAUCUCUUGGACAGAAUGAUGAUUUUUUUUCCAUCAUUUUGUGUACUCUUGAGCAUGUUAAUGUCUUUUUAAAAAAACAAAAUCAAAAAAUGAGCAAAAACUAUUUUUAAAAAUGUAAAUAUUUAUUACCAUCAGACUUGGGAAAUGGAAAGUAUUUUAUUGUCAUGAUUGAAUUGAGAUUGUUACCUGUAUUUUAUUCAGGUCUGAGACACAUAAAUGAGCCCACUUGUUAUUAGACUGUUGCCUCAUCUGUAUUCCUGUGUUUUGUAUUUGUUAAUUUUACUUUACAAAAUAGGGAAAGGGACUAAUAGUUUUGUUCAAUAGGUAGUUGUCACGACUUGUUUUUUUCUUUUAUUGGAAAUGAUUCCUCUGCCCAGGUUUCUGUUAAAGUUCCAUUAACUGAAGACUGAGUCUACUUUUUGGUAUGCAUAUUUGAUUUAUUCUCCAACUACAUUUGAAAUUUGUGAUUUUGUUUGGCAAAGCAAAGUUAGAUUGAGUUUAGAAUUACUCGAAAGGGACAGAGACAUAAACUAGUUUUACAUGAUGGUGUAAAAAAUAUUCCUAUAAAUUGUUUCUUCAUCCUCUGGGCCAUUAGUUUACAUAUCAGAGUAUUAAAAAGCAGGAUGAACUGUAUUAUGUAGGAUUAGAGCACUGAUUUCCAGUUUUAAUAGAUCAUAAGUAGGACCAAGGCAUCCCUUGACAAUUCCGACUGACAGCUAGAUUUGAAAAACACAGGGUUAGUGAAGGCUUAUAUGUGGUUCGGUCGUUGAAGCAGUCAAAGGCUUGGUGAACAGGAGCUGUGAAUUUGAAUCAUGGCACUAGUGCUGGGGUGCUAUGGGCUAAGAUGAUCAAAAGGUCUCAAGGGUUGAUAUUUCCUCACUUGUAAUGCAUGAGUCCUACUCAGGUUGUUUCAUAAACACUUGAGUAUUUUUUGAGAAAUUUGUUGAGAAUUUAUAGCGGGCCUAUUGUGAAUGGUUUAAGAGGUGGGCCAAGUAAUGCAUUUUUCUCUUAGUGAGAAGAGAGAGAAAAAGAGAUAGCCACGCAAAUUUUUUUUAAUUCCCACUGUAAAGUCUGUGUCCCAGUGUAGGCUUCUGGUCAACACUUGUGCGCAACAACUUUCUGUGCUCUAACCAACUCAGUAGGUAGAAAGCUGACUACCAGUGGACGAUGGUAUUUGAUAUUUGGCAGUUUUGUUGUUUUGUUUUGUUUUAUAGAAAACCCUGUGGUGAAAUCUAAAAUAAUGCUAAAACUUUAACAGUAAAUAUUGUGUGUACUUCAGUCUUGGCCAUGUGUUUUUCAAGAUAACCCUUCAAAGAAAUUUGCUCAGGAUAAGAAGACAAUUUUUUUUUUGUUAUUUUUAAACUUAUUUUUUAAUGUGUUUAUAGUUAAUGAAGAGACUUAAUUUUAUUUGUGAUUGGCAGAGAAUGUUUUCCAUAAUUAAGAAAACACUUUUAUCAGUAUCUGUGAACUCUGAAAAAGAAUUUUUAAAAAUAUGUAAGCAGAGACCAGUGGAGUAAAAUAUUUCAAGAGAG